AUGGCUUCAUGUUUCACUCUGCUGGUUUUGUGCUGUUUCUUUAGACUGAGCUGCAGUGAGAGUUUGCCUGAAUGGGUCAGCAACAUUUCUACCAACCUCUUCAGUUUGUCUGGGGACAUUAUGCUCGGAGGGCUCUUUCCCAUUAACGAUGUCACCAGCAGCCUCAGUGACAUAACAGAGCCCAACCAGAUAAGAUGUGAAAGUGUAAAUAACCUUGGACUGGGACUUGCUAUAGCCAUGAAAUACGCAGUGGAUGAAAUCAAUGGAAAUCAGACUCUCCUCCCUGGCAUCAAGAUGGGUUAUGAAAUCUAUGACACUUGCACACAAUCUUUAAUUAUUAUAAACCCUACUCUGUCUUUCCUCAAUGCAAAAUCCAGCCAAGAACUAUCUGUGCAGUGUAAUUACACCGACUAUGAGACCAGUACAGUUGCAGUGAUUGGUCCUCUUAGCUCAGAAAUGGUGUCAGUCAUUGGAAAACUCCUGGGAUUCUUUUUGAUGCCACAGAUUAGCUAUGGGGCCACCAGUGACAAGUUCAGUGAUAAACUUCUCUACCCGUCAUUCUUUCGUACUGUGGCCAGUGACAAAUGGCAAGUGGAUGUCAUGAUAAAGUUAAUACAGGCAUUUGGCUGGAACUGGGUGGCAAUUGUGGGCAGUGACGAGGCAUACGGGCAACGAGGUGUGCAGAUGUUCACCAAAUUGGCAGAAAACACAUCUGUCUGUGUGGCCUAUCAGGGCCUGAUUCCAGUGUACACUGACCCCGAACCAGCAAUCAAAAGCAUCAUAAACAAUAUCCAAAUGACCAAUGUUGGAGUGGUAGUGGUGUUUUCUCUUCCAGAGCAAAGUGAAAUCUUUUUUAAAGAGGUUAUCAGGAGUAAUUUAACGGUUGUGUGGAUUGGCAGCACAAGUUGGGCCAUCAAUAGUCGAGUGACUUCUCUGCCCAACAUUGAAACAAUUGGAACAGUCAUUGGAUUCGUUGACAAAACAGACACCCUCCGCCUGUUCACCGAUUAUGCAAUGGAGCUCUUCAAGAAAGUCAGUGAAGAGCGGGCAAAGACAUCCACUCCAACUAUAAAUCCUGACAAUCCUAAUGAUCGCUGCCCACAAUGCUGGAAUUUGUCACCAGACAACAUUAGCAUAGUGGAAGCACCAGCCGUCCAGACAUCAAGUUUCAGUGUGUAUGCUGCUGUUUACAGUGUAGCACAGGCACUGCAUAACCUGCUGGAGUGCAAUUCAACUGCCUGUAAGUGGGGAUCUGGAAGCAAAAUCUAUCCCUGGAAGCUGUCUGAGGCUUUAAAGAACACUUCUCUUAACAUAAAUGGCACACGUAUAGAGUUUGACCAAUAUGGUAACCCAAACAUAGGAUAUGGUUUGAUUCAGUGGGUCUGGACAAACUCCUCUCAAGUGGACUUUAGAAAUGUGGGAGAAUUUACUGAACAAAAGCUGUUCCUCAACAAGUCCCUCUUUCAAUGGCACACUAAUCAGGUUCCCGACUCCACCUGUUCAGCGAUGUGUGGCAAAGGCCAGGUCCACAGAGUCAAAGGCUUCUACUCCUGCUGUUUUGACUGUAUUGACUGUUUGGCAGGCACCUACCAGGCAAAUAAGGACGACAACCAGUGUACUGACUGUCCUUACCGUCAGUGGUCCCAGCAUCGCAGCACGAACUGCACUGACCCCAUCUUUAAGUUUUUUACCUGGGACAGCCAGGAUGCUGUGAUAAUGAUGCUGGUUGGUACCGUGCUUUUGGUAUGUCAGGGGUCAGUGGGUAUCGUGUUCCUGAUGCACCGAGGAACCCCCCUGGUAACGGCCUCAGGGGGACCCUUGAGUUUUGUGGCUGUGCUCGGCCUGAUGGGAGCCAAUCUUAGUCUACUGUUUUUCCUGGGGGAGCCAGGGGAUGUGGUGUGCCGUCUUCAGCUGCCCUUCACUUCUGUUUUCCAGACUGUCAUCCUCUCCGUUAUCCUGUCCAUCUCACUGCAGAUACUCUACGCGACAGAGUUCCCAGAGAUGGCUGCCUCUCACCUGCAUUUGUUAAGAGGCCCUGUGAGCUGGCUGUUUGUGCUGAUCUGCUGCGCUGUGCAGGCUGGUCUCUGUGGCUGGUUUGUUCAAGAAGGACCUUCAUUGUCUGAAUAUGUGGCAAAUAUGACAAUAGACUUUGUAGAAUCAUUCCUCUCGUGUCCUGUUUCACCUUUGAUUGGAUUUGCCUUAAUGCAAGGUUUCAAUUAUGCAAUGGCCCUUGCCUCAUUCAUGUGCACCUUCAUGGCAGUGAAGCCUCUUCAUCAGUAUAAUCUAGCCAGGGACAUCACCUUUUCCACCCUGAUCUACUGUGUCAUUUGGGUGAUCUUUAUUCCAAUCUACGUAGGCAACAACAGAGAUAAUAACAAGAACAGGUCAAUUGUCCAUGUUUAUUUCAGCCUAGCAAGCAACUUUGGACUGCUGGCAGCCUACUACUUUCCAAAAUGCUACUUCUUGUUAAGGAAACCUGACUUAAACAAACCAAAGUACUUCUGUACCUUCUUAGAGGGCGUCCCACCAACUCAAACAGAAGAGGAGCCACAGCCAAAAGCACAGGAAGGAAAAUAAACAAACUGUUCAUAAAGUAAAUCAAAGAAUGUGAAAAAUGAUUUCCUUUCUAUAAGGACAGCAAUAGUUGUGUAAUGUAUACCAUGAGACUGUACUCUACAAAAUACACUAGAUUAGAUAUAAUAAUGAUAUAAUAAUCAUUGUUUCUCAAUCACGCCACAAUUAUGCAAAUUAUACAGCAAAUAGUGUAGAAAGAAUAUGAUGCAGGUGCCAGUUUAGCUCAGUGGGAUGAGAAGGCAACCAUACGCCGAGUGGCUGCCGGCCCAGGUUUGAAUCCAACCUCCCCUUUGCUGCAUGUCUUCCCCUCUCUACCUCCCCUUUCCUGUCAAUC